CACUAGUAACCAGAUUGGCUGCAGCUGGUCAAAGCUAUUUUCAUUCUGCCCAAAGUGAAGGGUGUUUUCUGUAUGCAAUGGCACAGUUAGUGUGUAGACAACUCCUGAUACACAAUGAAGUCUAUGGGGAGUAACCAAGGUUUUCAGGCUGACUGCUGCACUUCUGACAUUGAAGAACUUGAAAGUGGCAGUGAGAACUCUGACAGGUCGACCAGUGGCAGCAGCAGCCAAGUCAACAGUAAAGGGAAGCGGAAGAGGCAAACCAGACAGACAGGGCUAAGUAAGCAGCGUCAGGCUGCAAAUGCAAGAGAGAGAGACAGGACCCACAGUGUCAAUACAGCUUUUACAGCACUUAGAACACUAAUUCCAACAGAGCCUGCUGAUCGUAAAUUGUCCAAAAUAGAGACCCUGCGACUAGCUUCUAGUUAUAUUUCUCACUUGGCUAAUAUCCUCCUUCUGGGUGAAGACUGCUUGGAUGGACAACCCUGCCUUAAAUAUCGAGCUGUCUUACAAGGUGGGGAGACAAAUAACAGCUCCUCUCCCAGGCCAAUAUGUACCUUCUGUCUCAGCAAUCAGAGAAAACUGCUCAGAGAAGGAGAGAAGCACUUGUCUGUUUAACUUUAUAUGGACACUGAAUGAGAUGUCGAGCUUGUACUGAAUAUAGAACUCACUUGAGCAACACCGAUGCACUGUAAUGUUUACAUUGUGAAGUAUUCUGUUGUACAGAACAUGCAAGACUUGUAUUUUUAGAAUACGACAACAUUAAUUUGCACUUUCAGUUUAAUAUACAGCUAUUUUAUUCAGGGUGUUUUCUCCGUGCAACCUUAUACUGUGCCUUGAGCUGCACCUGGUGUAGCAGCUAUUUUAGAACCAGAAAUGCAACACUCAAGUAGAGAAGCCCUGAAAAGACUUUUAGACUAGAUGUCACAUGAUGAAAUCUGAGAUGAGACAGAGAUGUCUUGUCCCUAGAAGCUAUCAUAACACAGUCACCUGUGGCGUCAAAUACCUUCCUUGGUACAACGAUGCAGCCAAGAGUUAGAUUAUGCAAUGGUUUGACAAUUUGAUGGUAUAAGAAGACAAUGCUGAAAUUAAGAGAAACAUCACUGCAGGGUUUCAUUUAAUACCUAAUCUGCAGAGCAGUUGAUUUUUUCAGAAACACUUUAGAUUUUGGUACCAAAAGAAUUAUUUUUUUUUUCAUAUUUAAUCUGGCAGCUUAUUAAAAGGAAUGAAAUGUUAUGUACUGUAUUGCUAAAUUCUAAAUUUCUGAUGUUGCCUUCUCUUCUAAAGAACUGGCUUUCAUUGUUUAAAAAUGAACUGCAUUUUUGAAAUGCAUCCUACAGAAUGACAUAAGGUGUGCAGGUUUUGCAGUUCAAGUUUUUUUUACCCAGUCACUUUAGUAAUUUAUAAUUAAGAUUUUACAUUUUACUAUGGAAGUAAAUCAGGUCUUUGUUUCAUGUUAUGCUUUGGAACUGGUUUGUAAGAUAUAACCAAAUUCAGUAAACAAAAGGUUCUUUUUUCAAUGUGAAUACCAAGUUAGCACACAACAGCCAACACAAAUCAACUGAAGACAUAAAGUGCUAUAUUCAAAAUGUUCAGUAUAUAGCAGUAUUUAUGAAUUUUAUAGAUCUGCUUAAUAGUACAGUUUGGAUACAGGCAAACCUUAGGCUAACGUUUAUUACUGUAUUUUCUUUUAUUUAUGGCAUGUCUCUAACAUGCACCUUGAAGGCUUUAAAAGAGAAGUAUUUGGAGUUGUUAGUUUAAACCACCUGACUGCCAUAUAUUUUCCCAGGCAACAAUAAUGGGCUGUUGUAAUUGGCAUUUAAAAUAUGUUCAUUUUAUACUUCAGAUAGAAUGUGAAGCACCUUUUUUAAUCUCAGUAAGGCAUACUAAGAUCUGUAUACCUGUAGAACAAUCCUAGUUCAUAGGUCAGCUACUCAUUAUUAACGUUCUUCUCAUGCCUAAACUCUACCGACUAUUAUUAUUAUUAUUAUUAUUAUUAUUAUAGUUCAUAGGUCAGCUUCUCAUUAUUAAUUUUCUUCUGAUGCCUAAACUCUACCGACUAUUAUUAUUAUUAUUAUUAUUAUUAUUAUUAUUAUAGUUCAUAGGUCAGCUUCUCAUUAUUAAUUUUCUUCUCAUGCCUAAAUUCUACUGACUAUUAUUAUUAUUAUUAUUAUUAUUAUUAUUAUUAUUAUUAUAGUUCAUAGGUGAGCUACUCAUUAUUAACUUUCUUCUCAUGCCUAAAUUCUAAUGACUUCUCAAAGUAAUAUUUUCCUGUCAUUUCUUGUUUCUGUACCACACAUUCAUGCUGGUAUUUUGAAUUAGCACUUUAUGAGAGUAUGAAUGAGACUAGGACUGUCAAAAUGAAAGUGAAAAAUAGUGAUAGUUCAAAUGUGACACCUUUGCUAGCUGUUAGUCUCCAGUUUUAAGGUUUUAGUCUGAAUAAAUGGUGCAUUAUUAUAUACUAAUUCCAGAUACUUGAAAACAAAGUGACUGUUUAGUUGCUGUGAAGCAACAUUGCACUAAACUCAUUUCAUGAAGUAUGUUCUAGUUAUUAUAUGACUGUUGUAAAAUAAGCAUAUUACUCCUCCAGUAAUAAAAUGUAUUUGUAAGGUAUCGUCUUGCAAUAUGAUACAGCAGAAAUGAAGACCAUACUUACAGUGCAUGUACUGUAUUGGCUUACCUCAACACAGAAAUAUGAAUGUAUUUUGGACAUAUUGUUUUCAGUUUGUAUUGUUUGGAUAUAAUUUAUAAGCAUUUUUUUUAGAAACUUAGAAGUCUGUAUUUUGCAAAUAUUGUAUAACAGUUGUUUUUUUCCAAAAGUGGUAUACUUGAAAUAAGUUUCUUCAAUAGAAAAUUUAAGAGGGACUUAAAUAAAGGACCUAUUAAUAUUUGCUGCCACAUUUUUCACAUCACAUGCUGACCUGAUUAUUUUUUUGACUUGAAAUAUGUGGUAGAAAGUACUGUAGAAUGUAAUUAAGCCCAACAAAGAAUUUAUUAACCUCAGUGCAAAAUGUCACAGUUUCUCUGUCUUUGUGAAACCUGAAAAAAUAACUGUGCCAUGUGCAACAUGCUUUGUUGAUUGAUUAUCAUGCAUUGUCCUGAAUGCUGCCAAUAGCUUGUUUACUAACCACAGGGUUUCCAGUGGAAUCCCCUGUUGCUAACUUAGAAAAUGUUGCUGAUAAAGACCCAGUGUUUCUAUUGAGUUUUCCAUUUCAGCUAUUUUAGUUCUCGCUGCAUGCAUUUAUAUCUAAAUUGUCUUUUAGGUAUAAACACAUAAAAUGUUUACCAUCCUACAUUUACAGCUGGAAAAAUAAAAGUGUCUCAGCCAUAGUUCAAAUUUUAGGCCUGACUCACCCUCAAUGUGUAAUUAAAAGUUUAGGUCACCUCAGCCUACUUAUAGUCAAAGAAAGGUUUCUGUAUAGCCACAUCAUUAGCUCUAGGGAAUAAGUGCACAUCCUCUGAAUGAUAUAACAAAAGCCAAUUAAUUUUGUUUGGUUUAUAUAGUCAAACCAGAACAAUGGGGUGGCUCUAAAAGAAAGAUUCUUUGUUUACUCAAAUACCUGUCUCCAGUGUAUUGUACUGAAGUUAAUGGGGAAAAUUUAUAAAUCAAGUAUACACUCAUUACCUAACUUUGCCAGAAGUACAAUUUACAUAUAGGUAUAUAAUAUUCUUGUCUUUCAUACAAGAGGUAACACAUUAAUUUUCUAUUGCAAUAUGAUAAAGAUAUGCCUCCGGUAUUCUGAACUGCAACAUGGGUGCUGUUUUAAUGGUUGCUUUCUAUGUAGUCAUCACUGUAUGCAUCAUCAAUAUUAUUCAGUCUGGAGAGCUCUUCUGUCACUUUAAACUGAAUCAGCUGCAAAUAUUUUCCCAGAAAAAGUAUCUAAAACAUAGAAUACAAUAUCUCAUAGGUUCAGAGGUGGUUACUAGGAUAAUGGCCCUAGGUCUUUUACAAGCCUAGCCAUGUAAUAACAAUGUUCCCUAAUUGAUCAUUGUCAUAUGGUUCCCUAAUUGGCCACUGAUAGAUGGUUGGAGUGUUUGCAGAGUGAAUCUAUGAUUAGCACCAGUUACAUACCUCUCAACUGUACAGAUUUUCGCAUAAUGCCCAGAUUUUUGUCUCAUAUU